AUGGCAUUCCUUGUUGUUAUGGUUACAAGACAGCCAACAGUGGGUGCAACCAUUCCAAAGUCAUGGAACAUAGCUUCUUUACUAAAUUGUGAUGUCAUUUUCAUUGACGUGGACGAUGGAGUAGUAGAAUUUGUUGUUAUUGAGGUCGUCGAUUUAGUGCUUGGUGAUUUAGUAAUCGGUGUCGGCGUACUUGAAGCAGAUGUGCUAGUUGUUGACGUAGUCGUUGGUUUUAUACUAGUAGAUGAAGUAAUCGUUGGUGUUGUACUAGUAGAUGACGUAGUCGUUGGUGUUGUACUAGUAGAUGACGUAGUCGUUGGUGUUGUACUAGUAGAUGACGUAGUCGUUGGUGCUGUACUAGUAGAUGACGUAGUCGUUGGUGUUGUACUAGUAGAUGACGUAGUCGUUGGUGCUGUACUAGUAGAUGACGUAGUCGUUGGUGUUGUACUAAUAGAUGACGUAGUCGUUGGUGCUGUACUAGUAGAUGACGUAGUCGUUGAUGUUGUACUAAUAGAUGACGUAGUCGUUGGUGUUGUACUAGUAGAUGACGUAGUCGUUGGUGUUGUACUAGUAGAUGACGUAACAGCUGGUGUACUUAUCGUUGUAGGAGCUUUAAUAUAA